AUGAAUAGAUUAAACUACUUUUUAUCUGUAUAUAUUAUAAGUGCUAUAAUAUUAUUUAGAGGAGAAAAUAAUGGAUAUCUAUUUAACUUUUGUCAAUUAAAUAAUAAUAAUAAUCAUAACAAUAAUAACCAUAUUAAUAAUCAAAAUGUUGGAGAAAGGAUAAAGAAUUUAAAUUUAAUGGAUUCAAUGUCAAUUAGUUAUCAACAUUUGAUUGAAUCAAAAGUACCUGUAAAUGAUGACUUUUAUUCAACUUUGUUGCCGCCAGAGGGAAAUGAAAUCUGUCACAAACCAAGUAAUAAUAGUGGAAUGUAUAUAGAUGAUUUUAUAAAGGAGGCUGUUUGGAUGUCUCGUACCAAUCCAGAUCUGAUAGGGAACCAAAAUAAUGUUGAAAAUUUGGAUAUCAUUGCUCAAACAUGUGCCGGUGCAAUAGCUCAAAGAUUGUGUACACUUGCAUUUAGAUUACACGAUAAUCCACACCAAAUAGCAAUGGACUAUUGUGACCCAAUGUUCCAAGAAUCAAGUUGUCAAUCAUCGUUUUAUCCUGUCACUUUCCAAAGUUAUCCACUCAUUCCCAUAUCGAUAAAAGAAUGUAAAAAGGAGACCUCUCAAAUUAGCCAAUCCCAAACACUCGACUUCCAAAUGCUUGACAUUUUCCAAGGUUCUCACACCUUUACAUUUAAGAGUCAAAAACCUCAAACGCCAAUCAUAUCAGAGGUAGUAUUUAACAAUCAAGGAGAUAAAGCCAUACCAGUUGUAACAGCUUUAAUCGUUGUUUUCUUUAUGGUUGCACCAAUUGGAUUUUCAAUCUUUACUUGGUUAUAA